GAACUAUUUGUGUCAAGAACAAUCACCCCUAAAAUACAUCAAGUUACAACAUGGGACGAACUACGUCAUACCUCGCAACCGGACAUAUAUAGAGCCUACACAUCACUAUCAUGCGGCGAGGCAUCACAUUCAAAACAAUCCAUUGAAUUCAACUUAAACCAUCAAGUCGCAUUAUUUGCACUCGUGUAAUACAUUCCACAAUGCCCAACCCUCAGCUUCUCGACAUUGAACCCGGUGGGGAGAACACGCAAUAUGAAUCUACGCAUACCUUCGUUGAGCCUCCAGAAAAGCAGACUGGCCAGCUAGGUGCCGGCGAGGAGCACACCAAGAGCCAGAUGAAAACUACUUUCAGAUCUGGUGAGCACAAAGACGAGGAUUUGAAAAUGGCUCGUCAGCUGGAAACCGGUGAACCCGGAGGUGGAUUGCGAGGUGAAACGGAUAAAGAUUUGAAGCCCGAGAACCAAGCCCAAGAGGGUAAUGAUAGAGUAGCGGCGAAGACGAGAAAUCAACAAAGGUAUGGGCCCGGCUCAGGAGUUGGAGCUUAACAUCGGCGCGGUCGUGUAAUAAAGGCAUGAGAAAGGCGACUUAUGGAAGCGAAAGAGGUUUAUUGGGAGGAGGAUGGGUUGGACGUGACCGACUUGGGUCCUGUGGUUUCGGCGUCCGUGCCGAGAGGCGGGUUUCU